UGUUGGGGGUUGGAUUCCCGCCGCUGCCCUGUGUGUGUGGAGUUUGCAUGUUCUCCCCGUGCUGCAGGGGUUUACACCGGGUACUCCGGUUUCCUCCCCCAGUCCAAAGACAUGCAUGGUAGUCUGACUGGCAUGUUUAAAGUGUCCGUAGUGUAUGAAUGUGUGUGUGAUUGGCACCCUGUCCAGGGUGUACCCCACCUUGUGCCCCAUGCUCCCUGGGAUAGGCUGCAGGUUCCCCACGACCCUGUAGGAUAAGCGGUAUAGAAGAUGGAUGGAUGGAUGGAUGGCUGGACGAAUUGAAUUGAAUUAAUGAAUACAUUACUUUGUGAGAAAUACUCCGGUUUCCUCCCUCUGUCCAAAGACAUGCAUGGUAGGCUGAUUGGCGUGUCUAAAGUGUCCGUAGUGUAUGAAUGGUUGUGUGAAUGUGUAUGUGAGUGUGCCCUGCGAUGGAUUGGCACCCUGUCCAGGGUGUACCACGCAUUGUGCCCGAUGCUCCCUGGGAUAGGCUCCAGGUUUCCUCGUGACCCUGAAGGAAGGAUAAGCGGUAUAGAAGAUGGAUGGAUGGAUGGAUGAAUUGAAUUGAAUUGAAUUGAAUUGAAUGAAUGAAUACAUUACUUUGUGAGAAAUGCAGGCUGCAGUGCCGCGGCUCGCCGACAGGUGUCUCCACUACAGCGCUGUUUUUAAUUCCGCGUUAAGUCCCUGCACCUUGCAGUUUUUCCUGCGCGCGCGGAGCAACCGAACUCGGCUUUUAAACACCGCAUGCGGAUUUAUUUCAUGUCAUUUAUAUAAUGCACGGGACGAAUCGCGUUUAUUUGCGCAUUAAUGGAGGUGUGACAGAGAUCACGUGACCUUUAAAGGUCGUCGCUAUAAAUCGGCUUAUAGUGCGCACGCAGUUACACGCGCACACGCACAUAAAUAUAUAUAUAUACACACACACACACACACACACACGUGCGCACACACGCAUACAGCGGAGAUCAAAAUCUGGACUAGCAUGACAGACCAGGCGUAUGUCACACUCGCUACAAAUGACAGCUAUGCUAAAGGAGCGAUGGUGCUCGGUGUAUGUUUGAGGAACCACAGAACAUCUCGUAAGCUUGCCAUACUGAUCGGAGAUGACGUUUCACAACCCUUCAGGUCAGCCCUCAGUCAGAUCUUUGACGAGGUGUGUGAGGUGAGUGUGUUAGACAGCGGAGAUCCGGCUUGCUUGGCGAUGAUGAAGAGACCUGAGCUCAGCGUGACCUUCACUAAACUGCACUGCUGGAGCCUCACACACUAUUCAAAGUGUGUGUUCAUGGACGCAGACACGCUGGUUCUGUGUAACAUUGACGAGCUGUUUGAGCGUGAGGAGCUCUCGGCGGCGCCCGACCCCGGCUGGCCCGACUGCUUUAACUCGGGAGUGUUUGUGUUUCAGCCUUCGAAGGAAACGUACACCAGCUUACUGAACGCCUGCAUCCUGAACGGCAGCUUCGACGGUGGGGAUCAGGGUCUGUUAAACAGUUAUUUCAGUGACUGGGCUACAGCUGAUAUCGCUAAACACCUUCCCUUCAUCUAUAACCUGAGCAGUAUUUCCAUCUACACCUACCUACCAGCGUUCAAACACUUUGGCCACAAUGCCAGGGUGAUCCACUUCCUGGGUGAGAAGAAGCCGUGGGAUUAUCAGCUCGGUGAUGGUGAUGGUGAUGGUGAUGGUGAUGAAGAGAGCAGGAGUGAGACGGGGCAGUGUUGUUCUUCCUCUCUGUAUCCGGAUUACGUUCAGCAGUGGUGGAGUGUGUUUAAGUCGUCGGUGCUGCCGUUACUCUCGAAGGAGCACACACGUCCGCCUUCGGACACGCCCGACGUGGAGCAGGAGACUGUGUACGUCGAGGCAGCGCGAGUGGAGGAGUGUGUUCAUCCAUCGGCUUCUCAAACCUCCUCACAGGACAGGAAGCAGAAGUGGGAGCAGGGAGACGCUGAUUAUCUCGGAGAGGACUCGUUCACACACAUCGAGAGAAAACUCGACUCCUUCCUCAAGUGAACAACACACACACACACACACACACACAAUCUUUCUCUCUCACACACACACACAGACACACUUACUUUUAUACUCCUUGAAACUACUCCUUAUGUGUGGAACACAAACACACAUCUGUUUUAUUUUUCUGAGGUUUGUGCUUGUGAUUAUGUAAUA